CAGCAUAUCUUGAGCCUAAACAAGACUGCUGUCUCUUUUUUCCUCACAGAAACACAGUAUGAACACCAGCUACAGAGCUUUGUUUGCUCUAGUUUCUCUUAUUCUUUUCCAUUUUCUUGUGUCCUCGUCACUUUCUCUUAACAGAGAAAGAAAGAUUCUUCCUCCCCAAAGACUAUCCCGGCGAUUUGUAGGUUCUGUCACCUUUUCAUCACAUGAGAGCAAGUCCAGUGUUGCUGAUGGAGAUCAGCAGAAAGGUCUAGAUACAAGUCUUAGGAAGGCACCGCCAAGUUAUUCAAAUCCCAUCCAGAAUAAGUAAUGUCAGUCUGAUGUGUUCAGCAAUCCUUGGAAACAAGAAACCAGAAGCAUGGUUUCUUCCAAUAUUUUUGUAGUUUACUAUUGGAUAGUUAGAGAGAUUAGAGGUUGAACAAAGUUAGUAUGUUUCUUUUGGACAUCAUGACCAUUUUUUCAUUUUUUUCCUCUCAUCUCUAAUUUACUCAUUCUUUAGUAAUUCAUAUCUAACAUUAGAUUACUUCUUAUUGCUGUAUCUACGGCAAACAUGUCAUAUUUAAGUGUCUAUUGCAGAAAGUUCAAAGUUUCUGUUUCUGGUAGUUGAUAAUGCACAGAACUGUGUCCUUGGAUUAUCGUCUAGAAAAGAUGCAUGUGUUCUGGUUAUCCCAUAUCAUCUUGUACAUUUCUGUGUUAAAGGCUCUAUUUAAUGCUUCCCCAAAUUCUGGCUCGUAAGUCGUAUCUCUCUGUUUAAAUCCUUUCUAUCAUUCUCCACCUGAAAAGGAAAAAGGGAAAAGGAAAGCAGCAAGGAAAGAGCCUUGAGUAACUUACCAAAAAUUCUGCAUAUCUUCAAUCAACAAAUUGAGAUUCAAAGCUGAACACUACCAUUGAAAGUUAAAAUAGAGUGCCGCUCAACACUAAUUGGAAAUGAUCUUCUCCGGUUUCUUCGUAAAUACACCCCUGAUUUGUAUUUGCUCUUGUUUCAAACAAAAUAUCAUUUCCUUUAUAAAAACAUACCACUUAUUGGAAAUAAAUUUCGUGUAAUAGAUCCUGAAAUCUCAUAAAAGCUGUAUUUCUCAUGUUGGAUGGGAAAUCCAUUUUUUCCCAUAGAAGAAGAUAUGAUACGUGAAGAAAAAUGGUGAGGGAAAGUUCCCUUUCUUCCUGUGGAUGGUAGUGUUAUUGUAGAUGUAACGUUCUAGCUUUGCACUUGAAGAUUUGUUGCUUGUACACUUGCAAAUUUCAAAGUUCUCUCUACUAUUUAGAAAUAUAAUUGUGUCGUUGUUAAUCCUGUUCUUCCUUUAUUAUGUUGAGUAAUGCUUGUAUAGUGUUAAACUAGAUACAGCUCAAAGGAGCGAGCGAUUGCAAAUACAGAUCAUCCCCCCUCUUUUUUCCUCCGACCCAUGGAAAAAGAAAACAGUGGAUUUAAUGAUUUCUGGGUGAAGACAUUGUCUACUCAGGAAAAGCCAAACUGGAGGUUUCUCGCAGCUACACGUGUGUGGAAUGCAAUGGAAGAAUGGUCCAGGCACAUUCAAUGACCGGAAAGACUCUAUGUAACGGGCAUUUUUUUGUGUUCUGUUCGUGAUCAGCAAUAAGACCAGUGAAUGCAAUCAAGAGAGUGGGUUUUAUUUUGUGUGCUCUCUUCACUGAUCUCUGAACAUGAGAAUUCGUAAGAGCAGGUCUCCCUUCCCCAUUCUGUAUCUCAAUGCCCAGCAGAACGCUUCAGUAUCAUCUCAGGAUCAGUCUAAGCGAGGGCAGGUGAUGACGGAUCCAGAAUUGCUUGAUCAGUUGCAACUAGAUGAGGCAAAGCAGAUCGGUGGAAGCUCUUGUGCGCCAGAUAUGCAGAAACCGGUAUCGAAGAGACACAAAGGAACUAGCAAUCGGGGAAGAGCCACAAGCAAGCCUGGUAUUUAUACAAGGAAAAGGCGUAGACCUGAGUAUCCAACUAUAAUUGUGUUAGGACUGAGAGCUCACCUUCCAUCAGAUCAUAAGAACCCAACUCCCAUAAGGAGAAGUAGAAGAAAGGUAGAUAAAAAUGAAGCUGCAGAAACAAGGUUGGUGUCAGCUGUGUCUCCAAAGAAAGAUCCUAGUGGACCUGAAGUUAAUAAGGAGGCAAAGUCCAACAAUUGCGUGUGGAGGAGUGAACCGUCCCUCCCUCUUUCUCCACCAAAUGAUACCGUCGAGGAUCGAGACAAGGAAGAUCAACUAUUGUUCUUGGAGGUGGUUGAGGCUCUGCAGAGGGUGGAGCCAAAGAGACGAAGGGGAAGGCCAAAGAAGGUACCUACAGAACAGCUUGCGGAGGUAGAAAUCGAAUAACCAUUCAGUGAAUCAAAAGGUCGGUCAUUGUCCUCUUCUCACUCUCAGUCAUCCAAAGAGUUGACUACGUUUCUACACAAACCUCUUCAGAUUCUCUGCUCUGAUUGCAAGUUAAUACCCUCGCCUCUCUUCUUCUUUGAUGUUGUGUAGGUAUCGGCUUUAAAGAAUCUGCAGUGGCCCAAAAAGUUACCAGCUUUAAAGAACAGUACAGCUAAAGCCACCUCUGGUUCGUAUUAUCCCCCUGGUUAUGUUUCAGUUGAGUGACACUGUCUUUGUCUCUCAAUCUAUCCUUUCGCGCUUCAGUGAAUUGUUAAAGCUCGGUUAAACUCAUACCUGGGCCAAAUGUUGUGGUUUCUGAACUUGAUGUAAUAAGGUUAGCAUAGUUAU